AUGGGUGCUCUUCUCUGCUCGCCGAGCGAUGGUGUUGUGACUCAGCUGCUGGCAACAAGUGACAUUGAUGGCUUGGCAAAGAUCAGCCUCCAAAGUUCUUCGAGUCCAUCCUCCGGGCAGGCACUAGUGGGUGCCACCCAUGAUGCACGCAGCUGGCCAAUGGCAAAGCUGACCGAGCAUUACAAACUUCAGGAGCGAAGCAUUCAGGACCUGCCUUCUGUUCGUCUUUUGCAAGACCAAAGUGGAACUGCAUACAGGUUGCACUUGCUUCGCAAGCCUUGCGGCAGACACCGUCAGGAAAAGCUGAGGCAACAUGUUGCGCAACUACAGUCUCAGCAGCUCGGGAGAUGUGCCAGGGUGCUCGAUAUCUACGAGGAUCCCCGGACGCUUGCACUGGUCACAGAGCACUGCACCGGCGGCACAGUGCCCGGAGCACAGUGCUUUUGCACACUGUUUGCCGUGGCCUGGAAGCAGCUCGUGGGUCUGACGGAUUACAAAGAUUUCCUGUUCCUGAGUGACCAGACGCAAGCGCCGCUGAAGCUUGUGGAUUUUGGCCUCGAGCUCAAGGUUUGCAUGGAGGAGUGGACGCCAGUUUCUGGUCAUGGCGAGCUGUUGAGCCAUGGUGAGGCGCGAGUGCACCACUGGCCGCGCAGCAGCUGUCCGCAGCUCUUCGAGGUGUGCCGUUUGGUCUUCUGUGCCCCGGAAGUGCUUAGGCACUUUCAGGUCGGGUCGGAGCACGAUGCGCCCGCGAAUCCUUUGAUUACAGCGGCGAGUUUGAAGCAAGGCAGUAUUCGGCUGGAGAGUUCCGACAUGCUGGAUGUUGGUCUGCUGUCUCAGGCCAUUGAUGCACACUUGGCCCUGCAGCAGGAUGUUAGCUGGGGCUUCUUGGCGUCCUGUGAUGCUUGGAGUGUGGGUGCCAUUGCCUUCCUCCUGCUGUGCGGGUAUCCGCCAUUUUUCGCACCGUGCAGACAUGCCGUCGUUUCCAGAAUUCAGAAAAUCGAUUUAUCAUUUGAUCCGCCAUUCUGGUCCAAAAUCUCGGAGGAAGCAAAGGACUUCGUUCAGAGAUGCUUGCAUGGAGCUGCGUCCAAGCGGCUGACAGUGCAACAGGCACUGCAGCACCCCUGGAUUCGGCAGCUUGCGGACACUUCGCCAUCUGGGUCAAUGUUACCCUCUUUUGCGCUAAACCUUCGACGCUUUUGCAGGACUUGGCUUAUCGAGGCUUUCGUGGCAAACAGCUUGGCAUCCAAGCUCAGCUAUACCGCCUCGUUGCAGCUGCAGUUGGAGUGUCAGAAGGCAGACAAAGACAGAGCUGGUUUCCUCACAUCAGCAGACCUACGUCAGGUGCUGCAGAACAAUGGGCACGCUGACAUCGUGGAGGCCAUUGGAGCAUGCUUUGCACGGUUUCUCCGACAUCCAGGGGAGUCGUAUUUGGACUAUCACGCCCUGCUCAAUUCCGUCCGGCUGAGACGUGAGGUCUUGCUGGAAGAGGAGAUCUGGGCCAUCUUUGUGGAAGAAGGAAUGGCAGAGUCUCCAGAAGGCUACUUGGCAUCCCCGUCCCAUCAGGCCCCGUUCCUGCAAAAGAUCCUUCAACGUGAGGGGUUGCAGGACGAGUGCAUCAUGAGUGGCCUAGAUGAAAGUGGCUUACAGAAUUCAAAGGCAGAUGUCAUUGACCUGAUGGCCGAGCUGCUUUCUCAAGUUCGGUCAUACGCGCAGGCUGCCAUGCAGAGGUCGCUGAGCAAAGAAUAA